CACCUGUGCAGCUGUUGCACACUUUAUUUUGGUUAAAACGAAGAAAGAAAAAGAAGAGAAAUACUUCUAAGAACAAAACGUUGCCAAUGACGUGUGAAAAAUACUAUAAAUAUCAAUGAAAAGUAACGCAAAACUACGAAAUUUGGAAUCAACGUAGUUAAAAAAAGACCAAAAAAGGGCAAGUGAACAUCGAGAUACAAAUACAACGUUCCAACAACAAAUAGGAACAAAAAAAUCAUGGCCACCAAAAGGCGACCCCUUCGACCCAACUUGGGCGGAGGAAGCGGCCCAGCGCCAAAUACUUCUGGGACAAAUAUGAAUUUCCGUCCCGGUGGACCAGAUAUCAGUCGAUCUGAAGCGCGUGGCACUAGACCAACAGCAGCCCCAACCAGCGUUCGAGAGAUUCUUGUCAUGGGCAUCAUACAUUUAUGCAAGAAAAUCAUUUUCUUCAAUACAGAUCUAAAAGUGGCCCUUUACCUGGGUAGUCUGUUUGUCAUCUCCGUUAUUGGUGACUUUGUGCCAUUUCCCAAGACGUACUUUGCCCGUUCGGAUAAUUUAUUUAAUUUAUAUUUCGUGAAAGUCGGUUGGGGCUGGACUUUGCUAUUUGUCGUGCCGUUCCUAGUUCUCUCGGCCUAUACAAUAACCUGUGGUGAUCAUAAACGAAUGUUAAGACAUCAUUUUCCACGCAUUGUAAUAGCAACAUUCUUCUGGUUCUUCUGGACGAAGCUGUUCAAUGUUGUGGAAACCUCCUAUGGCAGAUGCACCAUUAGGGGUUUUGCCUCAAAAUCAAGUUGUCUUAAAGCUGGGCAUCUAUGGCAAGGUUUCGAUAUUUCUGGCCAUGCUUUUAUACUCAUACACUCUAGUCUGGUGCUCAUCGAAGAGGCUCGCCCCAUUGUUAAAUGGGAAACGAUUAAGGAACAUAUACGCAAUGAGCUACACAAUCGCUCCAUAUCCGAGAAUACCGGCUCGAAUCCAUUGCGAGGACUGAACGAAGAACAAAUGCGUAGCCUACAAUUUCUCUACAAGAGAUUGACACCUAUAAUACGGACUCUUUUCAUUGGAAUGGCUGCCUUGCAGUUGCUCUGGGACAUUAUGCUGGUUGGAACGAUGCUAUAUUAUCAUCGCAUGAUUGAGAAGGUCAUAAGUGGUAUUAUAGCCAUACUGACCUGGUAUUUCACCUAUCGAUUUUGGUAUCCAACACCUGGUCUAUUGCCCGAUGCUCCUGGAUUUGGUAGCUUUAGCUAUCAACGGGCAACCAGAGAUAGUUUUCCCCUUAAAAGGCAUUCGCAUUUAGGAGCAAACAGCUCAGCCAAUACACCAGGUGCUGGUGGAGCAAGUUCAUCGCGUGCACAUACAAAUGGUUCGAGUAGUAGAGAGCAGCAAAUACCCAAAUUUAUGGGUAUGCCGCUUUUUACCAAUGUUAAGGCAGCUUCAGCGGCAGCAUCAGUACAACAAGCGGAACAGCAACGAAGGGAUCAACAGGCGUCCGUCACAGAAAGCUAGGAGACUCGCUCCUCCUCCUCCAAGCGAUUAACAAGCAUAGCAGGAAUUGAAAUUUUUAUACCAAAAUUUAUGUUGAAUUUUUCAUACAUAUUUAUUCGACAGUUUUUGUUGAAGAUGUUGUAGAUGUAGAUGAGAGGCUCUCUUCCCAUAAAAAUUAA